UACACUGCACCACAGCCGGGCCAGGAUGUCGCGGUUCCCGCAGUUCCCUGCAGUGGUGCUGGUCCUGCUGCUGUCCACCAGGCAGUGGCCGGACUCCCAGGCUGACCAGACUGACCAGUCCAAACCCCACAUUUCAGACAUCAAGAUGUCCAGAAUGAUGAAAGCGAUGCAUGGCGAGAUGAAGGCCCUACAGCGUUCGGUUUGUCACCUGGCGGAUUUGAAGGCCAUCAAACAGCAGCUUGUUGACUUGGAAGAUAAGGUCUCCAGGCAGAACCAGAUGGUCGCUACUGUGGAAGAGUUGGUUUCCCGCCAAAACCAGGCGGCCGCUACCGUGGAAGAGUUGGUUUCCCGCCAAAACCAGGCGGCCGCUACUGUGGAAGAGUUGGUUUCCCGCCAAAACCAGGCGACCGCUACUGUGGAAGAGUUGGUUUCCCGCCAAAACCAGACGACCGCUACUGUGGAAGAGUUGGUUUCCCGCCAAAACCAGGCGGCCGCUACUGUGGAAGAGUUGGUUUCCCGCCAAAACCAGACGGCCGCUACUGUGGAAGAGUUGGUUUCCCGCCAAAACCAGAUGGUUGUCCGGCAAGAAGACCGGUUUUCCGAGUUCUGCCGGACCAGGCACAUGGGGAUGUUCGGAGGCGUCAUUCCGGACAGCAGCGUCACGGCCUCGUCCGUAUUCCGGGAUUUUGAACCCGGAGGAGCGCGGUUCGGAUCCAACCGGAAGUGGGUCCCCAGCGGGUACGAUGACCAGUGGCUGCAGGUGGACCUGGGCCAGGAGAGCCGGGUGUAUGGCGUCAUCACCCAGGGCCGCCCAGACUACGCCCAGUGGACAAUGACGUACAAACUGUCCUUCAGCACGGAUGGGGAGGCCUGGGCCACGUACGCCGGCACAGACGGCUCCGACAAGGUGUUCCCGGGAAACUCUAACAAGAACUCGCCUAUAUAUCAGUACGUGGACCCGCCCGUGGCCGCGCGGUACGUCCGGUUCCUGCCCCAGACCUACCAUGGACGGCCCGCCAUGAGGGUGGAGAUCCUGGGCUGCGCAGCGGAGACCGAGCAUGGCGCCGGCUCAGGACAUUAA